CUCCCUCCCUCCCUCCCUCGCAUCUCUCUCAUCUCAGCGCACGAGCUCUCACUCUCUCUCUCUCUCUCUCUCUCUCUCUCUCUUUGCAACUUGCCUGCACAUUCUUGCUACAGAUCCACAAUACCCAUCUCUUUUCCCUUUCCUCCCUCCUCUUGCCCCGCCUCUGCCCGAUCUGUGCACCAUCAGGAACCUGGUGUGGACUGCAGCUAAAAUCUGUCAGAAUUAAGGGAGGUGAACCGGUGCUAUGAGACCUACACGCGUGGCUGUAUUGUAGAAGUGGAAUCAAUAUGGUCCUUGAAGACCAGAAUUAUGGAAGGGUCAUGAUUGGAGAUAAAUAGUAAGGGUGAGAUUCUAGCAAGGAACAGAUGUCAAGUAGGUGGUCAUCAUGAAAUGGAUUGAGCGUUUCAAAGAAAAAGUGAGUCAGACCACGUUCUCUCCAACAAGCCCACGGGCAAGGUUAUCUCAUCAGUAUUCUGAAGAUGGAACUCCUAGAACCAGUCGCAAAGAUUUGUUGGAGCAAGAUUUUCGAUUUGCUUGGGAGGAUUUUCGAUCAUCAAUUACUGAUCAGGAAAAGGAGAAGGCUUUGGAAGUAGCUGUUAGCCUUUUUUGUAAAGUUGCUCGACAGGGUUCAGACCCAGCUCAACUUGCUCUUUCGUUGGUGGAUGUGCGUACAUUUGAAUUCGUUUUAGCUCGAGCACUGGUUACAGAAAUCAAGAAAUUGCGUGAAGAUAGUUUAAACGGGCUGCUUCAACCUGACGACAUAUGGAGUUUCUUUACUGGGUCACAUGUCGAGGGAAAAGUCGUAAAUGGUGCAAAUCUUCUUUUCGCCUUGGAAGGCCUCGUCUCUCCGGAGUUGGACGUCCAACCACUGAUCGAUGCUGGCCUAUUUCCUGCCCUUGUCACCGUUUUAUGUCGUUUGAUAAGCUCUUCUGUGUCACCCAGUGAUCAGACAACUUCUGGUGAUAGUGGUCCGCUUUCAACAAACAGUUCCACAGAACCAACCAACACUUUGAUAGCUGAGGAUGAAGGGGGUUUGCUUCCUAAUUCGAUUUCUGCUGUGAAAGCCAUGGUUGUUGACACAGAAAUAGAGGAUGUAUCUACUACACGAGCUAAAGAUGCUGCGGACACAGCUUCUCUACACUCUGUUGAUUCGAAGUGGCGGAGUAACGAUGAAGUCCUUUCAUCGAUAGAAACAGUUGUGGGAGAACCUGUUUUAAUUUCUGGUACAGAAGGGGUAGGGAAUGAAACUCCUAGUCUGAUCGACUUGACUUCCCUGAAUCAGCAGCCCACACACAAAGAAGAUGAAGUUGCAGCUAGUGUGCUGGAGGAGGUGCCAAUGAAGGAAAGACGAGCUUUGGUGGAAGCUAGUGUUAUCCAUAUUUUGAAAGCGAUGGCACAACAUGCUGGUGCAGCCCAAAGUCUUCUAGAAGAUGAUUCACUUAAGUUACUGUUUCACACUGUGGCCAUGGGGGCUUUUAUAAGAGAGGAAGGAAUUUCUGAGCCUGCGGACUUUCAGGGCAGCUUCCCUACACACUUGGCUCAUGCCACGACGAUUCUUGAGGCUGCAUUAAUGAGCGAUAAUGGAAGCACCGCUCAGUAUAUUCGAACCCAUGAACUGAUCGAAAUGCUACUGUCACCUGUCAACAAGUUUCUGCUUGAAUGCAACGGUGAUGCAAGCUACACUGUUGGUGUCGUCUCUUUAAUUCUCAAAUGCAUGCAGGUCUCGUCUCGUGCAGAGUCUCGUGGAAUACGCUUGAAAGACGAUUUUCGGAAAGGAAAAGGUUACUCUUGCUUGGUACAACUAGCAUUGCGAUUGUCUGCUUCGCCGGAAAAUAAAGAGUAUUCAGAAUCACCCAACAUGAAUCGCGAUUGUAUGCUCUCAAAUACCUCAUGUGGUCAAGUUUCCGAUGAUCACCAAACAGAGGUCAGUGGCGAAUGUAGUGGGACCUUGUCGCCUUUGUUGAUACGUCUUCUAGACAUCCUUGUUGAUUUUGCACAAACAGGUGCUAGAGCACCCCACCGCUCAUUAUCGGGCAUCGGUGGGCGUUCUGGACGCCUAGCUUCCGUCAAACCAGUGCGAACUCUAUUUGAAGGAAUUGGUUCAGCAGCCAUUUCGGAUCCCCGCGAACCUGAUUUAGAGGGUAGAAUAAGGGAUAUUGAAAUAGUUCAGACUUUCCAGGAUAUUUUCCUCAAGACAGGAAAUAUAAUUCUGCAGCUUGAAAUACUAGACCGCUUGCUCAGAUUAUUUGCCAGCCAUCCAGACAAUUACGUACUUGUACAGGAGUUGCGUACAAUGCCUCUCUUCUUACAAAACAUGGGCAAAUACUUAUUGAUUCUCCAAGAACGGCUUUUGAAGGUUUUGGAGUACGCAGUUACCGUUGUAAAUUGUGUUCCCGAGCAAGAGCUUCUUUCUCUUUGUUAUCUUCUCCAGCAACCUUAUGAAUCAUCUUUGCGCAAAAUAGUGUUAACAUUUUUCGAGAAACUGUUGUCAUUUGAUAGGAACUACAAGAAAGUGUUGAGGGAGGUAGGAUUAUUGGAUUUAUUACUUGAUGAUUUGAGGCGGUGUGGUCUUUCAGAAGUCUCUGCUUUUAAAAAUUCCUCUGAGCCUUUAGUUAAAUCUCCUUCUCGAGAGCUCUGUAUCUUUGAAGACAUGGUCACUGUCGGGUUAACCUGGGACUGCCUACUCUCCCUACUGAAGAAGAGUGAUGGUAAUCAAACUGUGUUUCGGAAGGCGAAUGGAGUUGGUUAUAUCCUCCCUCUUGUAGCUUCAGCUUCUCAACGCAGCGGUGCACUUCGUGUGCUCUCAUGCCUUAUAUGCGAAGAUGUCAAUCAGGCUCACGCAGAUGAACUCAAGUCUCUCUUAAAGAUUGCCCAUAGUGGAAUUGUUUACGGCCAGAAUGGAUUACCGAUUGGUCUAGACACGGAGGGAAAGGAAGACAUAUUGUGGGCAGUUUGGCGAAUCCUUGGAGCCAACUUUACAACUCGAGUUGUCUUCGGUGAUGGGAAUGGGUUUGGUCUUCUUCUUUCUGUUUUGGAAGGCAUUCAAUCACGCCACGAGAAUUCCAGUGCGGAGUCAGUUGCUGAUGAAGCUGCAUUUGUUCCAAAUCUUACUGAGCACAUGGAAGUUCUAGAUGCAUUACUGCAUGUAGUCACUGUAGGAGCAGCCGAGUAUCCUCCGAACCGGAACAAGCUGCAUGAGUGCAUUUCAUCACAAACUUUUAAACGCCUAUUGCAGACAUCCGGGCUUCUGUGUUCCGAUUUUGAGGAAAAGGUCGCAGAGCGUUUGUUUGAUGUAGCACUAGAACGAGUUCUAUCUCCUUCGCAAAGUGCUUUGGGCCUUCCAAUUUUGUUGCAAGGAGAUGGAACUAAGAGCUUUAGGAUUCCAGGAGCAGAGAAAGAUUUUCCUGUAAACCCUGGCCAAAUAGCGCAGAUAGAUGUAUAUAAUCCGGGGGCAAUCGCAGUUCUUCUGUUUUUUUUACCACAGUUUUCUGCGAAAUUGCAGCUUCGUAUACUGAUCCAGGUCGAGAGAAUUGUCAGUAAAAGUCCGUGGAACCAGAAUGCGUUAACUUCUGCUGGUUGUGUGGGAGAUCUGCUGGAGGCGGUUAAGUCGAUGAUGCAGACAAAGCCUUCCCCUCUCUUAUCAUACUCUCUGAAGAUUGUGGAAGUUCUUGGAUCCUUCAGAUUGUCCUACUCAGAGAUGCAAACAUUGGGGAGAAUCAUCUGGUUGAAUAGGGACGCGUCCGAUGGUAAAAUGGGUCAGCGCCUCCUACUUAUGGUGGAGAGGAUGAGCCAAUCUUCUCCCUUCUCAAGCACUAGCCUGUCAUUUUCCUCCUUUAUUGAGUUUCGUAUGUCUCGGAUUGGACAUGCUUGUAUAAGGACUCCUUUAGGGGACCGAGCAUGGCCUCCUACUGCUGGUUAUUCUUUUGUUUGCUGGGCUCGGUUUGAGAAACUAACACAAAGUGGUCCUAACACAAACGGAGCUGAAGCAACCAAGGAAUCGAACCGAAAUCGAUCCGGAUCUUUGGGUUCUGUUUUGCGUAUCUUUACGGUUGGAACAGCAGAGGAGAAGAGUACUGUUUGUGCAGAGCUCUUCCUGAGUGAUUCUGGAGUUUUAACACUCGCUACAAGCCCAACAUCUUAUGUGUGCUUUAAAGGUGUGCGAUUAGAGGAGGGUAUUUGGUACCAUCUCACCAUAGUGCACAAUAAACCCAACGCAUUGGCAGGGCUUUUUCAGUCUAGUGUUGCACAUCUCUAUCUGAAUGGGAGCCUUCGACAUACAGGAAAGCUUGGUUACUCUGCCUCACCUACUGAAAAGUCAUUACAGGUCACAAUAGGCACUCCACCUUCCUUUUCGGAAGUUUCGCCUCUUACUUGGCAGCUUGGUUCAUGCUACUUAUUCGAAGAAGUACUCCCUGCUCCGGCAAUUUUCUUCAUGUAUGUGCUUGGCCGUGGUUACCGUGGUCUUUUCCAAGACACUGACUUGUUGCAGUUUAUACCUUAUGAAGCCUGCGGUGGGGGUAACUUGAUGGUUCUAGAAAGCUUAGAUACAGAGCUUUUAGCUUCGCUAAGGGCUGAAGGAGUAAGUCAAAGCGCUGGAGUGGCUCUAUCUGAAGGAAGUGGAGUUAUUUGGGACCUUGAGAAGCUUGCCCGGUUUUGGGCUCAGCUUUGUGGUCGCCAUCUAAUCUUUGCCUAUGAUGGCUCAAAUGCGGAGAAUGUAGUACCAGCUGGUGCCAUUUCUAUUGUGAAUUUGGUUGAUCCCAUGUCGGCAGCGGCCUCUGUUCUUGGAGGAUUACCAAGACUAGCGCGAAUAUAUGGAGACGUCCACAUUUGUACGCCCUGUAACAUUGCAGAUUCUAUGCGCAAGGUGGGAGGUGUGGCAGUUGUCCUGGCUAUGAUAGAGGCUGCUGAUACCUGUGAAACGCUGCACCUUGCCCUCUCUGUUUUGGUGUCUAUGCUACAGUCAAAUCCUCGAAAUGCACGUGACAUGCAAGCUUGUCGGGGCUACCAUCUAUUGGCCUUGUUUCUUCAUCGAAGGAUGGAUUGUUUUGAGGCACGAGAUCUUGAUUUCUUGUUCCGAAUUGCAUCCUGUGAAGCAUCAUUUGUCCAGAAGCCACCCCAGACAACAGCCACUGCGCCUGAACCGGCUGGCCAUAGUAGGAGUUUAAGUGCAGGACUUGAUACAGCCAUGAACCUUUUGGGGUUCUCAUCUAGGGUUGCAGACGAUCAAGCAUCUAACUAUGGGUCUACCUUGGAGUAUCCAGAUAGCCUUGGGAUGAAUGAAUCGAUUGGUGGAUGUGUGUCUGACAUCGAUGGUGUCGAUCUCCCGCAUGAAGACAUUGAUUGCAUAGUCCUUGCUAAUCCAGAAAUGAUGGAACAUGUUUUAUUAGAUUGGACUUUAUGGGUAACUGCACCUAUCGGUGUUCAAUUAGGCCUUCUUGGUUUCAUUGAAAGGCUUGUUUCUAUGCAUCGGUAUCGUCUUCAUAACUUAACUGUGCUAAGAAAACUCAAUCUAGUUCAGCACUUGCUGGUUACCCUGCAGAGAGGGGAUGUUGACAUUUUGGUUCUAGAGAAGCUAGUGGUGCUGUUGGGCAUCAUCCUUGAGGAUGGAUUCUUGCCUUCAGAGCUCAAGUAUGUUGCAGAUUUUGUUGUGAUGACAUUUGACCCACCACAUGUUGUAAAGGGUGUGUCGGAUAUUACCCGUGAGUCUAUGGGUACACAGGUUAUUGUAAGAAAUUUGCUUCUCGAGAUGCUCGUUGAACUUCAAAUGACUAUUACAGCAGAUGACAUACUAGAUACAUGGCAUAAAAUCGUGUCUUCAAAACUGAUCACGUUCUGGUUGGACGAGGCUGUUCAUCCUACCAGUAUGCGUUGGGUUAUGACAUUACUUGGUGCAUGCCUGUUGCCUUCUCCUACAUUUGCUGCCCGCUUUAAAAGCUCAGGUGGCUUUCAAGCCUUGGCUCGUGUUUUGCCAAGCUUUUACGAUUGUCCUGAAGUUUACUACAUACUCUUCUGCCUCAUUUUCGGGAAGUCAGUGUAUCCUAGACAACCUGAGGUUUGUUUGCUUGAUUUUCAUGCUUUGUUGCCUGAGGACGGGAGUAAAUCAGAGCUUGUUUUUACCGAACUUUUAGACUCCGUCGUAUCAAUGGCGAAGGCAGCAUUUGAUCGUAUGUUGGUAAAGUCUGAAUCAGCUAAACAAAAUGGCGACUUCUCUGGCUUAAAUGUUUCUUUUGUCUCUGAUCAAGAUGAUGGAGAGACACUUCAGGGUGAGGCUCUUUUACAUAAGACGUAUGCGGCUAGGCUUCUGGGAGGCGAACAGGCAGCUCCUGGGAUGAUUUCAUCUCUACUGCGGUUUAUGGUUGAUUGUGCAAAGAUGUGUAAACCUUUCUCGAUGGCGUGCCGUCGCUGUGACUUUCUCGAGUCCUGUGUGGAUCUUUACUUUUCCUGUCUAAGGACUGCUGCCGCAGCACAAGGUGCACACGAUUCUAAACGAGACACAAGGCAUCAGCCAUCGGAGGAAGAUUUGAUGAGCUUGGAAAAAUCAUCUGCCGUUGAAAUUUCUAAUGUUGGAAGAGGAACUAUUGAUGUUUCUGAGCUUACUGCUGUUACAGAAUAUCCAAUAGAGAUGACAUCAAGAGUUUCACCAAAAAAUGUAUCUAACAGUGGGAAGUUUGGGGAUUCUGCUCAAGAAAGUCAUAUCUCCUCUAUUUCAGAGUCUGAAGCUCUAACAGUUGAGAUGGCUACAUCGCCGACAACUUCAGAACUGUCAUGUAUUUCGAUGCUCACUCCAAAGCCGGUAAAUUCUGUAGUAAAACCAUGGCUGACACAGCCCUUAACUUUGAACUUACCUGAAAAUAGGCAAACCACGACACACUCAGCUCCUCCAACGCCACUAAGGUCCACAAAGGACCGAACCAGGCACCUUUCUUUCUCAGCCUUUUCAACUAUUUCUGGCAAUCAGAGUGAUGCUGAAUUCAAUUUUAGUGAGUUCGGCCCUCCAUCUUCUACAAGUAUUACGCCCAGCGAAACUUUGAACGCAGGGAUCACCCCUCGUUUGCUUUUACAACUGGAAGCUAUGGGUGCCGGGGGUGGGCCUUGUGCGGCAGCUGCAUCUGCCAUAAUGGAUUUUAUUGCAGAGGUGCUCGCAGAAACUUUACUCGAACAGGCCAAAUCAACAAGCUUAGUAGAGAGUAUUCUUGAAGCUGUGCCCAUGUAUGUCAGCGCUGAUGCAGCUCUUAUUUUUCAAGGACUUGUUUUGAGGCGAAUAAUCAAUGAUCUUGAGAGAAGGCUUAUGCGAGACUCAGAGGAAAACCACAAGAAACUAGAUAAAAAUAGGUGGGCUCCCAAUCUUGAUACGCUGAGUUGGCUGUUGGUCGACCGCGUGUAUAUGGGUGCAUUUGCAGAGCCUGGGGGCCCUCUCAACGUCCUUGAGUAUCUUCUCUCAAUGCUCCAAUUAGCCAACACAGAUGGGCGUGUAGAAGAUGCAACUCCAAUCGCCAAGAGCAUGCUGUUCACAAGGAGUGGCGGACGUCAAGCAGAAGCAUAUGUUCAAUCACUUUUGAAGAAUACGAACAGGAUGCUUAUGUUUUGUUUCUUGCCACAAUUGAUUAACAAUCCUAUAGAAGAAGAUUCUUCCACAUGGAAUGGCAAAAGAAUUCCUCGAUCUGGCUCAGGCUCUGAGAUAUUUACGGAAGUUGUUCCAAGAAAUCUUGAAAUAGGUUCUGGGGAUGUUGGAGUUACUUACCAAGUUAUUCUUGACAAGGCCGCAGUAUUGCAAUUAUUGCUUGCGAAUCGAAAAAUAAUUUUUUGCACCGUCAAUGUAGACCUUGAGUUGGUAUGUGCUCUUUGUAUAAAUCUUUUUCCAAUGGCUUUGGAUAAUGAACAAAGCAACAAGACCUUGGUUUUUGAUGUCUGGAAAGCGUUAUUGGCAAAUCGCAGUUCUGCUUUGGAGGAUUUGCUAAUUACACGGAGCAGUCAGGGUAAUGUUUUGAUGGAUGUACUCCAUGGGGGCUUCGAUCGGUUGCUGACAACAGGAGUUCACGACUUCUACAGAUGGCUUGAAGAGAAUUGGGAAUCUGUACAGAGAGUGCUUGAGCAGCGAGCAUCCACUGUAUGGAGAGAUUAUGUGUCUGGAGCAUCACGUUUUCCUGCGGCUCGAAUUAAAUCUAUGGAGGUUCGUCGACGACGAGAGAUAUCUCGUCGCACCAGAGAACGUUCUAAGAUGGAUACUCGCCAUUGGGAACAAAUGUUGGAAAGGCGAGUAGCACUUGAGUUGGUCAGAGAGGCAAUGGCUGCUGAACUUAGGGUUCUUCGUCAAGACAAGUAUGGAUGGAUACUUCAUGCUGAAAACGGGUGGGCAAACCAUCUUCAGCAGCUAGUUCAUGAGCGUGGGAUUUGGCCAAUUGUCUCAGAGGUCCGUGAUGAAGAGCCUGAUUGGCAGCUGUGUCCAACCGAAGGUCCAUAUCGCAUGCGGAAGAAAUUGGAACGACGAAAGAAAAAAAUUUCCGUUUUUGAGAAGUCUCAACUCAUGGUGGAACGAGAGACAGAAGCGUUGGAUAGGUGUACUCCAAUUGAUGUGAUAAAUCCUUCAGACAAAGAGAAUGCACUUCAUAAUCAGUAUGUUGACAUAUUCAACUUCGAUACCCAGAAACGCCUAGGAUAUUCAAGCAAAGAGUUUCUGGUGUCGCUUGAAGAGGACAUAAGCGAGUUGAAGAAUGAGAUUGGUGAAGAGGAGGAAGAUGUGUUAUCUGCAAGAGUCGACUGGAAUGAGGAACCCUUUCCUUCUGGCUCAGAAUCUCAAGUACCAAAGGCUAUGAGUGUUGCCUCCCUCAAACUUGCUGGAGAAGAAGUUACCGACCAAACCUUAGGUUCUUCACAGGGACGCGGUUCUCCCGCUGAAAAGGAUGUGCCAGAAGAAGCAAAUUACUUGGAGCAAGAGAUGCACGAAGAUGGAGAAUAUUUGAUUAGGCCUCAUUUGGAGCCUGGAGAACGCAUAAGGUUUCGAUACAAUUGUGAGCGAGUGGUUGGCUUAGACAAGCGGGAUGGAAUUUUUCUUAUUGGAGAAAAAUGCUUGUAUGUAAUUGAAAAUUACAUUAUUGAUGAAAAUAAGUGUAUAAAAGAGAAAGGUGAAGAAAGAGAUCUUUCAGUCAUAGAUCGGGCUCUUGGAGUUCGUGCUAAUUCAGCUCGUGUAGUGGAUACGCAUAGCUCAAAGCAAGGUGAAGUUGUCGCGGAUUCCUGGCCAGGAGGCCGUGCUUGGGCUUACAGUGGGGGUGCGUGGGGGAAGGAGAAGGUGAAAGCAGGCCAAAAUAUGCCACAUCCAUGGAGGAUGUGGAAACUGGAAAGUGUGCAUGAGUUGUUGAAACGGCGAUAUCAGCUACGUCCUGUUGCUAUUGAACUGUUCAGCAUGGAUGGAUGUAAUGAUCUGCUCGUUUUCCAUAAAAAUGAACGAGAUGAAGUUUUUAAAAAUCUUCUCGCAAUGAAUCUUCCACGUAAUAGCAUGUUGGAUACAACAAUUUCGGCCGCAUCUAAGCAAGAGGCUGGUGAAGGUGGACGCCUCUUCAAAAUGAUGGCCAAGUCUUUUAGUAAAAGAUGGCAAAAUGGAGAAAUCAGCAAUUUUCAGUACCUUAUGCACUUGAAUACACUAGCAGGUCGUGGUUAUAACGACCUGACACAGUACCCAGUAUUUCCAUGGAUUUUGAAGGACUAUACAAGUGAAGAACUGGACCUGUCUAACCCAGACACUUUCCGCCGCCUUGAUAAGCCUAUGGGUGCUCUACAUCCUGAGCGUGAAAAGGAAUUCAGAAAAAGGUAUGAGACUUGGGAAGAUCCCGAAAUUCCUAGAUUUCACUAUGGUUCACACUAUUCUAGUGCUGGAAGCGUGUUAUUCUACCUUAUAAGGCUACCACCAUUUAGUCAAGAGAACAAGCAGCUUCAAGGGGGUAGUUUUGAUCACUCUGACCGACUCUUUAACAGCAUCAAAGAUACCUGGCUCAGCGCAAGUCAAGGAAAUACUGCCGAUGUUAAAGAGCUAAUUCCGGAGUUUUUCUACCUUCCCGAAUUUUUGGAAAAUCGCUUUGGUUUUGACUUCGGUACAAAGCAAUCAGGUGAAAAGGUUAAUGAUGUGCUGCUUCCGCCCUGGGCAAAGGGAAGUGCCCGUGAGUUUGUUCGAAAACACCGUGAAGCCUUGGAAUCUCAGUAUGUUUCUGAAAAUUUGCAUCACUGGAUUGAUCUUAUCUUUGGUUUCAAGCAGCGUGGAAAGCCGGCUGUUGAAGCUUUGAAUGUAUUUUACUACUUGACAUAUGAAGGAGCAGUGGACAUCGACCGUGUUCCCGAUCCUGGAAUGAAGGCUGCUAUUUUGGCUCAGAUUAAUCACUUUGGACAGACACCAAAGCUACUGUUUACUAAGCCUCAUUCUAAGCGGAAGUGGGUUCAGAAACAACCGCUUGCGCUUGCCCUCCGCAACUACCAUUUGCUUGCCCCUCAGGAAAUGCGGCCUUUGAGCUCAAGAGUGUCCCAAAUAGUUAUUUUUCAAGACAAAGUAUACGCAGCAGGGGCAAACAGGAUACUGAAGCCUCCCUCCUACAGCAAGUACCUUAGUUGGGGAUUCUCAGAUCGAAGCCUCCGGAUUGUAUCAUAUGACCAAGAGAGGCUACUUUCCACUCAUGAGAAUCUUCACGACGAUGGACCCGUGUUGUGUGCUGGCUUCAGUCGUGAUGGUCGAAUUCUUGUCACUGGCGGGUCUGAUGGGGUUGUAUCUGUAUGGAGGCAACGAAAAGAUGGCCUUCGAGGACAGCGCCGGCUACAUUUGCAGAAGUCAUUGUGUGCCCACACACAAUCAGUCAUCUGUCUUGCAGUUUCUCAACCGUACAGUCUGAUUGUUAGUGGUUCUAAAGACCGUACUGUGAUCUUCUGGGAUUUGUCUAGUCUCGAAUAUGUGCGGCAGUUGCCUGAACUACCAGACCCACCAACAGCCAUUCAUGCGAACGAUAUGACAGGCGAAGUGGUCACAGCCUCAGGGACAACUCUUUCUGUUUGGAGCAUUAAUGGAGAUUGCUUAGCAGCUGUAAAUACAUCUCACGUUGCUGCUGAUACCAUUCUUUCCAUCACUAGCCCUCAUUUGUCAGAUUGGAUGGAGGCAAGCUGGUAUGUAACGGGUCAUCAAAAUGGAGUGAUCCGUCUCUGGCAUAUGGAGCUCGACAACCAUUCAAAACUAGAUCGGAAAGCGAGCCACCGAAUUUCUGACUCCUGGGGUUUGAACAUGUCUAAGUCAUGUAUCACUGGCGGGCCCCCUGAAUAUCAACUGGUUUUGUAUAAAGUUUUAAGUUGGCACAAGAAACCAGUAACUGCCCUUUCAUUAGGGAACGACCUCAAGCAACUCUGCAGUGGGGAUGCAGGUGGACAUCUUGUUUCUUGGACACUGCCUGACGAUGGUUUUAAGCAAACACCCUCGCUUGAAAUCGAGCCUGAUCAAUGCACAACAUGCCAGAAGGAGUUGGACACACCAGAGAAGAAGCACCACUGCCGCAAUUGUGGGCAGAUUUCAUGUGCCGACUGCUGCAAUAACCACAUUGUUCUGGAGGAUCUUGGCUAUUUUAGUCCUGUCCGAGUAUGUGGAAGUUGCUGUGAGUCCCGCCAAUCCUCUACAGGUAGACAAUUGACUUUUUCAAGGACAUCCUCUGAAGUAUGUUCUUUGCCUCCCACAGAGAGUUCAAGGAACGGUAGGGAAGUAGCCUCUGAACUUUUGAAUGCCUUAAACUCUACUAGUGUGACUCUUACUGAAAGCAGCAUCACUUAGAAUGAAUUGUUUAAAGGGGGCAUUUAGUUAGAUUCUAGCCUCUCUUGACCAUUUCCAUGUAUAAUUUCCAAUUUUAUUUGCAAAGUUGCUCAUAACUGCCUUAAGUGCAUUUUCCAAGGUU